CCCCUACUACGCUGUCAAUGCCGAUGCCAUAACCUGCCUGCACCUACCUUUCUAUCUCUCUUUCUUUCCCCCUCGCGCGCGCUCUCUCUCUCUCUCUCCGCGCAACAGAGCAGGGGAGGAGUAAAAGAGGUUAGAGGAGGGUGAACAAGGCGAUGAAGUGUAUUCAGGGACGCUGCCAGAGUGAUGUGACCGGUCGAGCAACUUCAUCGUGAUGUGAUCCCCAUCUCUUGCUCUUCUCGAUCAAAUCUUCCCUCCUCGGUCCCUGCAGUAAAUAGGGAUUACUGCUGCGUAGCAUUCCGCUACAGCUUCGAAUAGAAGAGGCCGCUGUUCCUUUGCUUCCCAUUGCCUCCUUUUGGUGGCGCCUCCUCCGUUCGGCACGAAAGGUCGGGUCUUGGAUCUCCGCGCCGACUGCCCAUGGCCGUGCCGUGGGGAGGUCUCGCCGUCUUGGUCCUGCUCGGGGCUCUGAGUUCGGUGCACGGCGAAGCGAGCGACGGUGCCACGUUACUGGAGAUCAAGAAGUCAUUCCGUAAUGUUGGCAACAUAUUGUAUGAUUGGACGGAUGCUCCAUCUUCUGACUAUUGUUUGUGGCGAGGGGUCACUUGUGACAAUGCGACAUUUAAUGUUGUGGCGCUUAAUCUAUCUGGACUGAAUCUUGAUGGGGAGAUAUCUCCUGCUGUCGGAAACCUCAAGAGCCUUGUUUCUAUUGAUCUGAAGGCCAAUCGAUUGUCUGGACAAAUCCCAGAUGAGAUCGGUGCUUGUUCCUCCUUGAAAACAUUGGACUUAUCGUUCAACAACAUCUACGGGGACAUACCUUUUUCGAUAUCAAAGCUGAAGCAAUUGGAGAACUUGAUCUUGAAGAACAAUCAAUUGAUUGGACCUAUUCCUUCAACUUUAUCGCAAAUUCCAAACUUGAAGAUAUUGGACCUAGCUCAAAAUAAAUUGAGUGGGGAGAUACCAAGGCUUAUCUACUGGAAUGAAGUGUUACAAUACUUGGGUCUCCGGGGUAAUAAGUUGGAAGGAAAUUUGUCGCCUGAUAUGUGCCAGUUGACAGGGUUGUGGUACUUUGACGUGAAGAACAACAGCUUGACUGGAAAUAUCCCGGAGAGCAUUGGAAAUUGUACCAGUUUUCAAGUUUUGGACUUGUCAUACAAUCAACUUACAGGAGAAAUUCCAUUUAAUAUUGGAUUUUUGCAAAUCGCAACGCUAUCUUUGCAAGGGAACAGAUUUACUGGACCCAUUCCACCUGUGAUCGGUUUGAUGCAAGCUCUUGCAGUGCUAGAUCUGAGUUGCAAUUUUCUUAGUGGACCGAUUCCUCCUAUUUUGGGCAACUUGACGUAUACUGAGAAACUGUAUCUGCAAAGCAACAAGUUGACUGGGUCAAUCCCGCCGGAGCUGGGUAACAUGACAAGGCUUCACUACUUGGAGCUGAAUGAUAACCAGCUCAGUGGUUACAUUCCCCCUGAGCUUGGAAACCUCACCGAUUUGUUUGACUUAAAUAUUGCCAACAACAAUCUCGAAGGACCUAUCCCUGAAAACUUGAGCUCAUGUGUGAAUCUAAAUAGUUUAAAUGCACAUGGCAAUAAACUAAAUGGAACCAUUCCACGAGCAUUUAAGAAACUGGAGAGCAUGACAUAUCUGAACCUCUCAUUAAACAAAUUAAAGGGAUCUAUACCAUUUGAAUUGUCUAAAAUUAGUAAUUUGGACACACUAGACAUAUCGUGCAAUGAGAUAAAUGGCCCCAUACCUUCAUCUAUUGGUGGUUUAGAACACCUUCUGAAAUUAAAUUUGAGCAAUAAUCAAAUUUCUGGUAACAUACCUGCUGAGUUUGGAAACUUGAGAAGCAUCCAGGAGAUUGAUUUGUCGAAAAACUACUUGUCGAAUGCAAUUCCUGAGGAACUUGGACUGCUUCAGAAUCUGAUCACACUAAAUUUGGAAAACAACAAUUUGUCUGGUGGCAUCGUAGCUCUCACUAACUGCCCAAGUCUUCUUGUUCUGAACCUAUCCAAUAAUAAUUUUGUUGGUGAUGUUCCCACAGUCAACAAUUUUUCCCGAUUUUCCCCUGAGAGUUUUAUAGGAAAUCUCGGUCUUUGUGGUUAUUGGUUAAGCUCUCCUUGCCACUCAUCCCAUCCACCACAGCGAGCUCCAUUCUCAAAAGCUGCCAUUUGGGGCAUUGCCUUUGGUGCUUUGUUAAUCCUUUUGGCGGUCUUAGUUGCAGCUUGUCGACCACACAAACCGCCUCCGUUUUCAGAUAGCUCAAUUCACAAACCAGUUAAUAAUAUUUCACCAAAGCUGGUGAUCCUUCACAUGAAUAUGGCUCUUCAUGUGUACGAGGAUAUCAUGAGAAUGACAGAAAACCUUAGUGAGAAAUAUAUUAUUGGUUAUGGUGCAUCAAGCACAGUAUACAAAUGUAUGCUGAAGAAUUGCAAACCAGUAGCUAUCAAGAGAUUGUAUUCUCAAUAUCCACAGAACUUGAAGGAAUUCGAAACCGAACUCGAUACUGUAGGGAGUAUCAAGCAUAGGAAUCUGGUCAGUCUCCAGGGGUACUCGCUGUCCCCAAUCGGCAACCUCCUCUUUUAUGAUUACAUGGAGAAUGGCAGCCUAUGGGAUAUCCUACAUGGCCCUACAAAGAAGAAAAAACUGGAUUGGGAGGCACGUCUCCGUAUCGCACUUGGCUCGGCACAAGGCCUGGCUUACCUCCACCAUGACUGUAGCCCCCGAAUUAUACACCGAGAUGUUAAGUCCUCAAACAUCCUCCUGGACAAAGAUUUUGAAGCCCAUCUCACAGAUUUUGGCAUUGCAAAGAGCCUUUGUAUCUCCAAAACUCACACCUCCACAUAUGUAAUGGGCACAAUUGGAUACAUAGAUCCUGAAUAUGCUCGGACGUCUAGAUUAAACGAGAAGUCUGAUGUUUACAGCUUUGGCAUUGUCCUGCUUGAACUUCUGACCGGGAGGAAGGCGGUCGACAACGAGUCCAAUCUUCAUCAGUUGAUUCUGUCAAAGGCCUCGAGCAAUGCUGUCAUGGAGACAGUAGAUCCGGAUGUUUCCUCCACAUGCAAAGAUCUCGGAGACGCGAAAAAAGUGUUUCAAUUGGCUCUUCUCUGCACCAAAAGGCAACCCUCCGACCGACCGACCAUGCACGAGGUAAGCCGUGUGCUCGGAUGUCUCGUGCAGUCGGAUCCGACACCAAAGCAGACCCAACCGCAAGCCCCAUUGGCGCCAAGCUACAUCGACGGGUAUGCCAACCUCAAGACCAAGAACGACCUGAGCUGCGUCGGGUCGCAGAGCACAUCCGACGUGCAGCUCUUCCUCAAGUUCGGCGAAGUGAUAUCGCAAAAUUCCAUUUAAAAUUUUCUAUUAUAGAUCAUGUAUUAUGUUUUGGCACAAGAUGAUGAUGACCACAGUUAAGUGGAGUAGAAGCUCUCUCUUGUGUUGCUGUAAAAAUACAUGAAGGGAAUGCUUUGUUUUUGUCAUC